CCUUAUUUAUUCCACUCAAUACUCUGAAUACAACUGUCUUUAAGUUCACUGAGUUCCACUUAAUACUCUGACUACAACUGUCUUUAAUUCACUGGCUAUCCUGUUAAAUAUAAUGUUCACUGACUGAAUACUGUUACGUGUUGACUCUUAGAAUACUGCUGCAAGAGUGAGUCUUGGGGAUGUUGCUGUCGUAGAGGAAGGUUCGUGGUGGGUGUGUCUCAAGUCUGUUCCUAACUGAUCAUUGGGUAAAGACGUAUGUUUGAGGAUUGGCCUGCCUUCGUGAAGGUUCGCGCGCAGGUGCCCUUACACUUGGGGAAAAUAAAGAAGUUUCCUGAUUUAUGAGUUUUUUCCGUCGGGUCCUAAAGUACCUUGACUGUACAAUAGGCCCACUGUUUAUGAUGGGUCCGCACUAGGGUAGCGUAGACCCUUGACGGUCGUCCUGCCCGAGGAUCGCAUCUAUUUCACAUAAAGCGUCACGGCAAUUACCAGGCGGUCACUCCAAAUCCCGAACAGUGGAAGUUUCUUGUAAGACGAACUCAACGCAUUUUAUAAUGCUUGACAUCAAAAUGAUCAAAAACGUUCUAUGCGAAAGGUUUUAUUAGGUCAUGACCCUGGAUGGAAUGAUUCUCCAAAAUGGAUAUAUUUUACUGGACAAAGUUCCAUAACGCCUACUAAGCGACUACUGAACAAGAGGGUAGCAUUUCCAAUGGAAUCUAUACAAGCUAUAGAUAAAGAAUCUUCUGUAAAUAAGCCAUUAAAAAUGCCACCACAUAUACAGGGUUGGAUUGAUCUACUAAUAGCACCGCAUCCUCCAUUGUUAUGUCCUUCAAACAAAAAUAUAGAAGGCAACAAUAUAGAGGUUGAUAAAGAAAAGGCAUUAAACAAACUUUUGAAGGAAACAAAUCAGAAACGUUCUACGCGAAAGGUUUCAUUUGGUCAUGACACCAGAUGGAAUGAUUCUCCAAAAUGGAUAUAUUUUACUGGACAAAGUUCCAUAACGCCUACUAAGCGAGUACUGAACAAGACAGUAGCAUUUCCAGUGGAAUCUAUACAAGCUAUAGAUAAAGAAUCUUCUGUAAAUAAGCCAUUAAAAAUGCCACCACAUAUACAGGGUUGGAUUGAUCUACUAAUAGCACCGCAUCCUCCAUUGUUAUGUCCUUCAAACAAAGAUAUAGAAGCAAACAAUAUAGAGACUGAUAAGGAGGAGAUAUUAAACAAUGUUUUGAAAAAUUUGGAAACUGUAAUAAGUGAGCAUAUAUUGGAAAAAGAUAGAACUAAGGAGGUAAAGAAGAGAUUAGAUAUAUUGAAAGCUGUAUGGCUUGAAGAUAAAUUAAAUAAUGUGAUAUACAAGAAUGUUUUAGAUUUGUCUACAGCUUUACGAGAGGGGAAUGUUAAAAAAGCUGAUGAGAUACAUGCUUUAUUAAUGAUGCAACAUGCUAGUCUGUGUAGUGCAUGGAUGCCUGGGAUUAGGCAUAUUAUUUUAGAAUUGGAAAUCAAAAUGAAAAAUUCAAAUGUAACACAAUCUCAAAGCCCUGAAUUACAUUUGUUAUCUACUGGAGAGAACAAGUAAAUGAUGAUUCCUUGGGUAUAUAAUAUUUGCAUGCAGUAACUUUUGCGAUAAUUGACAUUAUCUUUUCGCUUAUAAGUUUAUAUAUUAAUUGAUGUUAUUAAAAAGUGUACAGCAAAAAGAAACUAUUGAUAUUAUGAAUGUAACAAAUUUUAUUAUAAUAAAACAAAUCCCAUGAAAUUUAUAUAAUGUGUAUUGUACUUCUGACAUCUAUUGAUAACGUGGAAGUUUGUUGUAAGACGAACUCAACGCAUUUUACAAUGCUUGACAUCAAAAUGGUAAAAAAUCAAUAUUCCGACCUUAUUUUUAAAUGCGUACAUUCAAUGAAUGUAUGUAUAUAUUGAAAAUAUGGCUCAUCAUCUUCAAUUUCACGCCUUUCAUCAGAUGGUAAAUGAAACAUAAAAUAUUAAAUUAUGUAUAAUAUAGUUUUCUAAUUUACCGCUAAAUUUUCAUUUCGCUUUCCAUAGAUAUGGAUAGUUCGAACAUUUAGCAGUUUCACAUAGUGUUAAUUUAACGAAAAGUAUUUCAUGUAAGUGUAAUUAAAUUGUUUUGAUUAGCAAAGUCUGUACUUUGUUGACGUGUGUUUGUAAGUAAAAGUGUUAGUUACAAUGUUAAAAAAAUCUCUACAGUAUUUAUAAUCAUUGAUAUUUAACACUAUCAAUACAUCUAUUGGGGGAGUGGUUUCAUGUAGAAAAACUUAAAUUGUUGAAUUUCGGCUACUAUCGGGAAACUAGCAGUAAUGCUGUAAUGAUUGAUUUAAUUGAUCGAUUUAUGUAAUCGGAAAAUAGUCGUGUUCAGUUAAAAAGUUUGAACGUUCUCUAAACGCGACAAACGCUUUGAAAAUUAAAUCACUUUGCUAUCACACAUCAAUCAAUUCAAGAGUUUAGAGAGAAUAGGGUCAUUCGGUGAGUACAAUUCAUUUAACACUUGUGUUAAAUACAUAACAUUUUUAUUGUACCAUGAUAUGCAUGAUUAAUGCUUCCGUUUAUCGAAUCUGCGUAGCGAAUUUCUUUCCAACUUCUACAUAUUCUUUACUAUAUGGAAAAAGCAAUUUUAUUACAAUAAAUAAGAGAAAUGAUCGUGUAGAAAAUGACAUGCGAUGAGUUAUAUGUGAGCGAAUACAAGUAUCUGAUUCCAUGGAUGCAUCGAAGCAAAUUGAUCGAUUAUAUUAAUCUCAAUCAAUCGAAUGAACAUUUAACAUUGAUGAGGAAAAUAUCGAUCGAGAUCUGGUCUUUUUUUUUUUAACCGCGGAUUCAAUUAAACUGUCAUCGUUGUUAUACAUCGUUUGAAAUGAUCUUUCAUAUUAAUUUAAUGAACGGCACGUAUCGUAUUUAAAAGAAAUUCAUUAUAAAUUUAUUACAUUCACACGUAUCUGUAGGAUGGAAUCUUCUCAAUGCUUUUAUAAUAUCUCAUAAACAUGUACACGAAUGAUCAACAGAACUGUCCAAAAAUAUGUGUACAUGUUAAUGAUCAUUUACCUACGCGCGAAAACAUUAAAAUAAUUCUUUUCCUUCUUUUCUUCAUUUUGCAUUCAUUCUGUCUUAUUUCGUUUCUCGACGAAUGGUUACACGAAAUACGAAAAAUGAUCAAGUCUUCUUUUUAUCAUAAAAGUUUCUUGUAUUUCUCAUUUCUCUCUUAUGUAUAUUCACAAAGGACAAUUACAUCUUACUUAAUAACAUAUUUUUCGUCUAAAUGUACUCUUAUGUCAAUAAUAGUCAUCGAUAGCAAUGAUCAGUUUAAAUUACUCUAUCGCUUAUCGUCUAUAAAUCGCUACUAAACUCUAAGCAUACGGUGUGUAUGUAUGUGUUUGUACGUGUGUAUCCGUGUCUCUGUGUGUCUUUUCCUCUUAUUUGUACGUGUGCGUACUGUGUAUACGUGUGUACGUCUGAUUUCUCAUCGCUCAAAAGCACACCCGUGAUUUUGUUUUUUCCUUUCGUUUUUUUCUUUUGUAUGUGAGUGUUUUGUUGUUUCGUAAUUGAUCCACGCGCAUUUCGCUACGUAUUUCGCGUUUCAGUUGAUCGAUCGGAAUAGAAAUGCACGCCGAUCAAUGCUUUGACCUUUUUUUUUAUCGUUUGUCACAUUUCUCUUUUUUGUUGUCGCCUGUUCUAAAAGUAAUAUUGAAAAUUAAAAACAUGGACUGGAAACAGAAAUAAGAAAAAAAAAUACAAUAUGUAAUAAUAAUAGUAAUAUGAUAAUAAUAGUAAUAAUAAUAAGUUACAUCGUCAACGUUCACGAUGGUACGACAAAAAACGAAGAUCACUCUCUGACGUAAUUAAUUAAUUAAUUACUUUAUCUUCACGAAUAUUCACGUUCGUUUCAUUCGCUCACGUUCAUUGUUGACCGAUAAUUUUUUAAUUACCACGUUUUCUUAUUCUUUUAAAUUUUUUUUUUUUUUGAAUCGAGAAUGAGUUUUUCCUCAUUUCUUUCGACCACCAUUGCUUCGCUAUCCCUUCCGCUCGUUCGGCUCUUUUUGGCGCGAUCGAACUUGGCGAAAGGCAAUAAAACGCUUUACAAGUAAAUAUAUAUAUAUGUAGAUUUAUAUAUAUAUAUAUAUAUAUAUAAUAUAUAUAUAUUCAUUAUAAAACUUACAUCUUAAACUUAUGACCAUCUAUUUUAUUAAAUCGUCAAUAUAUUAGAUUUUCUUUCAUUCAUCAUUUUCCUCUUUUUUCCAUCUCAUUUAGUCUCACGUAAAUAAAUAUUCAUAAAUACACUUUUUUGGACCGGAUGCAUGGGGAAUGUUUUUUCGAUGGAUCACUUCGUGUCUCCCCCAUUCCAUUAUGCUUUAUUAUCUUUUAAUUAUAUCUCUGUCUCGUAUCUUUUUUCGUGAUACCUAUUCCAUUUUCAUUUCGUUUAUUCUCGAAGCACUAUCUGCAAUCACGAUUGAGAGAGACGAUUUUUCUCGUCAUAGAUCGUUGAACGAAAACGAUCGCGAAGUGUAAUCUACGAUACCAAUAAUCGAAUCGAUUUCACGGAAUAUCAUGAAAAGAAACAGAAAAGAAUCAUCAUCAUAGUACUUUUUUUACUCGUUUCAAUUCUUUUAUACUAUUAAAUCUGCAACUCUUACUUUUUUUGUUCAUUCGUUUUCCGUUUUGAAUGUUUGUUCGUUCGUAAACGAUCAUCGCGUCGAGAAACGAUCCAUCGAAACAACUUCAUGAUUUGCGUCGCGGCCCGAAUUUCGAUUUAAAACUUUUUUUUCUUCUGGGUUCUUUAUCCAAAAAUAUAUGUACACAUAUGUAACCGGUGUAUACGUAGCGCUAUAUUCGUAUGCCCUAUUUCGGGGGAUCCAGGGAAUAUUGUUUUGGUACCUAAGUGCAAAAAUUGCGAGCGACGCUCUUUUUAUCAUUCCCUCAUUUUUGACCUGACUCUCUUUUUCUGAUUCUCUACUCGAUUUUAUUUAUUUAUUUGUUUCUAACAGCGUAACACACCCUGUAUGUAUAUACGAGCUUGUAUAUACAUACAAGUUUCCUUAAAUAUAUACAUAUACAUAUUUAAGAGAUAAACAUAAAUAUGUGACGAGCGUUUCGCGAUUUUCGCACUUACCGUUAAUUAACCUGUUACUUUUAAUUUACUUUACUUUUUUUUAUUUUGUUUUGUCAAUUCUUAUCGAUCGAUCACCUAUUGUAUUAUUCUGGCUUCAUAAGGCGGACAAGUGGUUUCAUUACUUUUUUGUUCUUUUUUAUUUUUUUUACUUUAUUAUCAUUAUUAUUAUUAUUAUUAUUAUUAUUAUUAUUAUUAUUAUUAGUAUUAUUAUUAUUAUUAUUCAUCUCACGAGACAGAUAUACAUCAAGUAUAUUUGUUGCGUAAAUAUUUAUCUGUUUUGCAUCUUUGUAAUUUGUUCUGCAAUCGUUAUUACAACUGUUAUAUUACGCUCGCUACAAACUAUUUAAAAAAUUUGUUCAGCCCCGCUUAGCUUCAACUCCUCCCCAAACUUCCUCCUAUAUUUAAUUCCUACACAUUCUCACCAUAUCUCCUUCGUUUCGUUUACUUCUCCUUCUUUCUUUUAUAUAUUUUUUUUUUACGAGUUUUUUCAUAGGUUUUUUCGUACAAAACAAAAUGGCAUCUUUUUGGUAUUGGAAGAAAAAAUACAGUUUUCAACCUUUUUCUUUCUUUCUUUCAUCCUUCCUUUUUUUCCUGCUCUCAUUCCGCCUCGUUCGUACAACCACGUUAUCGAAUCAUGCCCUGAUCGACGCUAGAAUCGAUUUUCUCAUCCAACUUCCGAUCUUCUUUUCGAAAGGAAAAAGGUACAGAAUUGGCAAUAAAACUCGUUCGCGUGCGUCACAUUCAUUUUCUUCCUGCUCUCGCUACACACGACAAUCAUCAUCGAGUACAACAGCUAGCGAUUCCUCUUCUUACGUCUUAAUUAUUACCGCAAAUAUUUAAUACUAUUUUGGCAUCGUGACGAUACAAUUUUUUCCACGCAUCCUAUACAAAAAAAAAAAAGAAAAGAACAGCAACGAUAACCAGCCGAUUUUCCCUUUUCACUUCUGUUCCGUUUCGUCCUGUCCUGUUUCGUUUGUUCUGUUUAUCGAUCGUAACUGGAAGUUCGACCGGUUCGUCGUAUGAUUUUUACGAAAAUAUUCCUUUCGAAAAAUCCUGCGACGAAACCUGUUCUUCUCUUCGUUUUUCCUUUUGUUCCUUUUCUUAUUUAGUUUCCUUUUCUCAAACAUUCCUUAACAUUGUACUCACGCACGCAACUGAGAAUCAUUCGGAAGUCGACGAGAGAAAAACCUUGUCUGUGUGCAUCGCGCGGAUCAAUCUAAGCGGAUCCAUGGAUCGCGAUCGAGGAAAGAAACGUGUGCGAAUGUGAAAGGAACAGGAGCGUUUCAAACGACGAUCCGUCCACGGCUGACGAUCGCUCUGAGACAUAUAUAAUAACAAAAUAAGAAAACGUAUCGUUUCUUCAUUGUUUGUAAAAUUGAGACAGAAUUAACAUUUAUGAUAAAUCGAAUCUAAAAAAGGUUAUAAUAAUCACUGGUUUCGUUUUGAUUCUUCAUUUCAUUAUCUCUAAAAUUCAUCUAUUUUAAAAUAUAUAAUUCAUCAGAUUGUAAAAAGUACGAAUAGUUGUCGAUAAUAGAUCUAUAUGAAAUCGAUAGAUCACGAUCGAGAGUGUAUAAUAAAUCUCAUAAAAACAUUCUUUUCUCGUCCAAUCAUUUUUCUGGUUUCACCGUGCGUUUCUUCUUAUUUGUAUCGUUUUAAUUUCAUUUUAACCGUCGCAUGAGCGUUCGAAAGCAGAGAAUCAUUUCUACGAAAUCGAACGUGAACAGUCUUCGAUGAAAACCGACGUGGGGUGAAGUCAUAGCCGAAGACGCUUCACGAUCGACUAGAAACAUUCGUCGUUAGCAAAUCGUUCGUAAGAAACAAGAAGAGUGUCGUGAUCGAAACGAUUGCUUGCAAAGAAGAAAGAACUGGAUGACGAACCAAGCUUACAUUUUUGUUUCCUUUCUUUAUAGGACGAUCUUUCAAAACGGUUAAAAAAAUAGAAAUGUAUUUUGCGAUUUCAGCGUGAAUUUUUAUUUCUUUAUUUUGGUUUUGUGAGUUUUUUUUUUUUGUUUGUAAGAUGUUUAAUUGACUGGCUGAGAUCGAUUCUCGGUAUUAGAAAACCUAAUCGAAAAAUGGUACUCGUCUAAUAGAAAAAUAGUCGAUUUUUAUUCACCGUUUAUUUAUUUGAUAUCAUCUACUUUAAAACGUAGAGACUGCGGAGUCGCGCGUUAAAAAUGGAGGAACGAUUACGCUCUUAGCGAAUAAAAGUUCGUCGUACGGUAAAACGAAGGACGAUACCGAGAUAUAAAACGAGAAAAAAGAAGACUCGAUUAAGAAAAGAAAUUUAGAAAACGGAAGGGACGACUAGCGUUUUAAAAAGGUACGAGUGUGUUAUCGAUGAUUUUGUUUCACGCUCGUGCUAAACAAUUUUACAAAAAAAAAAAAAAAAAAAGAAAAGAAAACAGAGAGGAAAAGAGAGAGAAUAUAAGAGAGAACACAAAAUUAAAAGAAGAAAAGAAAAUGGGAAAUAAGUGGAAAGGCUUGGUGCGUACUCUCGACUUGAACUCGAUCGUUCGAUGUUACGAAAGAAAAGUUAAACCGAAGAAAAAGAGAGGAAAGGAAAAGAUAAGGAGAGAAAAGGAAGAUAGAACAGCAAAAAAAUAUAAUAAUAAAAAUAUAAUAGACCAACGCGUUUUGUCAAAACUUAAUUAAUAAAUAGUCGGAUUAAAUUAGAUUAUAUUACUAAUUAUUACUGUUUGUCGCUAAUAAUUAUUAUUACUACUACAUUAUGAUAAUAAUGAAUGAUAAUAUAUUAAUGAUUCUUAUAAUACUUCGAUGGGCGAGGAAUGGACGCGUCUUUUCAUCACCCUUCCUCUUACAAUAGUAGCGCCUCUCUGUCGAUUAUCGUGCAGACCCAUCGAUUUUCCACGAACAACCAUGAUUUUCCAUUUUCUAUUCGAUUCUCUUUCCGAUUUCUUCCCCACGCAUACGCUUAUGCGUUAGCGUGAUCGUGAAUCGAAACUUCGAAAGGCAAGAAACCGAUCGAUCGAUUGUUUCGAUUCAAUGAACCAAUUAAACAAAACUAACACGUGAUCAUGAUUCAUCCUCGGUCUUAUCAUCGAGCAAAAUAUCCCUCGAUUUUAGCUAUUUCUUUUCAAUUAAAAAGACCUCUUCAGGAGCGUUCAGACGAUCAAUAUUGUUGUCAAUAUUUCAGAUUUUCAAUAGUAUUGUACGUACAAGAUCCUCUAGAUGACCAAUAUAUAUUGUCAAUACAAUGUUAAGAACCUUAAAUAUUGACAAUAAUAUUGACAAUAAUAUUGAUCGUCUGAAUUCUCCUUUCCACCUCUGUCUUCUCAUUCCCUUCGUUCGAUACCACGAUUCUUUUCUUUUUUUGAUUUUCAUAUUCAUCGAUCGAGUCACAAACGAUCGAUGAAUGAGUUAAAAAAAAAAAAAAAAAAAACAAUACGAUCGAAGGAAAAGCAGCGGAUCUAGCCGGAAGUGGCGAUGGAUGUCUCGAGGUAGCUACGCCAAACGUAGCUGGUCUAUGUAUAGAAAACAUAGGGAUCGUUCGAACGACGCGUACGAUUAAUACGGAUGCUCCCGGUUUUUACUCUUUCUUUUUUUUUUGUUCUUUUUUCAUUUUCUGGCUCUCUGGCUCACCUUCCAACACUGGCACUCGUUAAAUAACGUCGAACCUCACCGGCUGGCCGCUGUGAUCUACCGCGAAACUAUUGGAUCUCUGUGCGCGUGUCUUCCUCGCUCGAGAAGAUCGCCUCUCGAAAGGCUUAUAUAUAUAUAUCUAUAACAUAAAUCAGGAUACCCGAGAUCCAUAGAUUUGAUCGUGGAUCUGGAAUCGCGAUUAUAGACUCUAAAGGGCUUGGAGAAUGAAUAAAAAAAAAAAAAAAAUAGAGAGAAUAAAAAAGAAACAAUGAGAAGAUCGUAGCUGACGAAGGAAAUGGCACCACGACGACCGACGCAUUUCUCCCCCCCUCACAGUUCGAUAUUCUAUAUUAAAAAAUUAUCUCACGAUUCUCUCGUGUGUAUAUGAUGUGUAUAUUUGUGUGUGUUUGUACUGAACCGACCCGAGAAUUCGAUAUUAAUAUUAUAGCAAUUAUUGUAUAUAUAUGUAUAAUAUAUAUAUCAUCGAAUCGCCUGUGUGUGCCUCUUCGUCACAUCGUUCUUGCUCUUGAAUCUUUCUUACGUGAUCGAUUUAAUAGGAUAGAGCUACGGAUGCAAGCACGUGCAAGUGAAUUACGAAAUAAAUACGAUGAUUAACAAGCACAAUGUACAAUAGACGAACGAAAGGAGAGAAAACGAGAGAAAGAAAGGUUUUAGACAAUGUGUGCAAAAGAAAGAGAGAAAUUUAAGAGAAGAAGGGGAGAGAGAGAGAGAGAGAGAGAAAGAGAGAGAGAGAGAGAGAGAGAAAGAGAGAGAGAGAGA